UCGGCAAGGGCAAGGAAACGAGGCCGGACGGGAGCUGCCACUACAGCGGGUAGUUUUGGGGACGCGAAGGCGAAAUUAUUGAGAGGUGAACUUUGCAUCGGCGAAAUAGCCGUAGUACCGCAGUUAGUAGUACCAGUUGUACUAGCCUGCUGGGGCUUUCUAUCAACAUCUUUCUCUUUCGCAGAAAAACAGCUGCAAUAGAACGAUUAUAAUUAUAGAAAUUCAGUCGCCUUUUAUUUUUAUUUCAUAGGCGCGUUUUGUCGAGAAAAAAUCCAUUGCGUGAUUGCCAAUUGCUCAUUUUCAAUUUGCAUCACAAUUGUGCUGUCGAGAAAAAUCCAUUGCCAUUGCUUAUAGUUAUUUUCUGUAUAUCGAGAUAAAGAAGGUUGUUGAAAAGAUGAGGAAGUGGGGAAAGGAAACAAGGAUAAAUGGAGGACGCACAGCCACGAUUUUAUCCUCUUUUGUUUCAACCGAUUGUGCCUAAGCCGAGGUAGAUAUACGCCCCAGUGGUUUAGAGGAGAAGUCUGUGCGUUUUGCGUCACGAAAUAUUUUGAGGACCCCUGUCUUGUUAGAACGAUCCUGAGCAAUUCAAUGCGAUAUGCCUAUGUGGCAGGCGUUAGCAUCGAUUUUUACAUCUGCUAUGUAAUAAACGUUUGACCCGCGUUUUUAAUUGUUCAUGCAGUAGAUUUUUUCACUUUGGCCUCCAAAUUAAAAUUUAUCAUGCUGCAUCCGAUGCGCAUGCUAUCUAGCGAGCCUGUAUCCCAGUAGGUUUAUCUUUAUAUACCAUCAAGACAGCACCCAUCAAAUAGGUAUUUCGAUUUACUUGCUCGGAUGAUGGCUAUUUCCACACUAAAUCACUGCUUGACAACAUGCUAUUUCAUAUGGAGACGGGAAAAUGUCAGAGGUUCUAGAGGACACCCGAUUUGUGAAUGCAAAAUCGUGCCUAGUAUAGCGCCAGCAUUCCCAUAUCGACUGCAAAAGUGUCUGGGUCAGUUAGGGUGCUGCACCCAACUUGCUCAAGUGUUAGGGUGCUGCACCCAACCACAUGAUUCAGCUCUAGGAUGACAAGUUGCACUGCAACUUGUCAUCCUAGAGCUGAAUCAUGUGAAGAGCUGUGUUGAUGUUGCAUGAUUACCAAAAGCUGUCCACUUUUGACCUAAUCGAGAGGCAGUUUCUCAUGCAGUUUCAGUAGGCAUGAUAGAAGUAGAACUCUAGAACUCUCACAGAAUCUGUCACGCUACGUCCUUACAACAUACCAGACCUCAUUGGUCAUGGAAAACCUGCAUGACAAGUCUGGCACUCUUCCAGACCCAGACGCUUUUGCAGUUGAUAUAUAUAAUCGCACAGAGCUAAACUAAGAGCUCGCACCAUCGCACAGGUACAUUUCUCGUAGUAGCGCAGUAGCAUGUUACUUCGGAAAACUAGACGCAUGCAGCUGCAUGAUGAGAAGGAACGCAAACACGAUGGAGAAACGAAGAAGACCGAUGCUGGACUUUUGAAUGCGCAGUGGCAGGCUUGGUUGUAAUAAACCCAAUAGACGCACAGUACUGGAGUGCACAAUUGGUAGCGCCCAUAUAU